AUGAUGAUUUAUGUCACUUUACACGAAACCUCUACAACAAUAGAUGCCAAACGGCACCUAUACAAAAAAUUAACGAAACAGGCAUUUAUUCGUGGCCUUAAGGAGCCACUUGGGUCUCGUAUAAGGUGCAUGAGGCCCGAUUCUAUUGAAAAGGCUCUUGAAUACGUUCAAGAAGAAUUAAAUACCAUAUAUCUCCAGCAACGUAACGAUGCUUCAUCUAAGUCGAAUCAUUCAUCUAAUUAUAACAGUAAUCUACCUAAGCCUAUAUAUAACACUAACAAUUCGUCAAAUAUAUUUACCACAGGUACAUAUACUUUUCCGCCACAAUUCAAACCUAACCCUCCUUACCAAUUUAGAAUGCCUAUCCUAAACCCACAAUACCCACCUAGAAUGCCCACACGUACCCAACAAAUGUUCCGUGCCCUUCCACCUAAUUAUAAUCCCCGAAGUAACGUCUUCCGUACACCCCCACGUCCUCAACAGAAACCGGUUAAUAAUGGUCCUCAACCGAUGGGUGGCGUUAGUCACUAUGUCAGCAAAACCUUUCCACCUAAACCCAUCUUUACCGGGCACGAUUGGUCGAGGCAUGGGAACCCACCACCUUCAAACUAUUUCAAAUUUAAGGAUGUAAAUUUUAAUGAGGUGCAAGACCAAUAUGACUAUGAAUAUUAUUCCUAUAACGACUAUUACUAUGACCCAUAUUACCAGGAACAUUACUAUUCUGAGCCAGUUUAUAACAUGACAGAGUAUCAAGAUGGUAACGAAUACUCACCUCCUAGUGUUGAAGAGACACAGGAGAGUUCAACCUCAAAUCAGGAUUUUCAGACAAGUCACAAAUCAGACAAGCAAAAAUAG